CUUUAAUAGAAGCCUAUGUACAGCAGAUCCACACGUCAUUUUCUCAAAGUAGCCUUAUGGUCAAUUCGUUCAGUUGGUACAAUAUUUGUUUUUAGGCCUGAAUCCGCGGAGACAUCCGAGUUCGCGGUGGAGUGCGGCGACGUAAUACUGGUGGCGACCGACGGCGUGUUCGACAACGUGCCCGAGCCGGUGCUGGUGGCGGAGAUGCGGCGCGCGCAGGGGCUCGCCGGCGACUCGCAGCGGCUGCAGGCCGUCGCCAACUCCAUCGCGUGGAUGGCCAGAAACCUCUCCUUCGACGGCUGUUACAUGUCACCCUUCGCUAAGAGUGCACGUCAGAACGGCAUUGACGCGAUCGGUGGAAAGCCGGACGACAUAACGGUGCUACUCGCGAUCGUAGCGCUAUGAAGAUGUCCUAAUUGUGAUUUGUGUAGAUAUAUUUUAGGCUCGUUUUUGUUCAUUAUAUUGACGAAAUUAGUUAGUGACAACGCCGACACCAAAAACUUACAAAAUACGGACAUUUUUGCUUGGUUAAUUAUUAAUAUCAAACAUUUUGUUUGUCAAUUUACAUAAAGAGGAUGUCCCAUCUCCGUGAGCGUUUAAAUUGCACAGGUUGAAUAUGGUCAAUAUACAUCACAUAUUUAUUAGCAUUUUAUAAUAACGUUCAUAUUCAGCUUUCAACUCAGGGGAAGGGAAAGGUGGGAGCGAAAAUUUAAUAUAGGUAGUCUCAAUAACUCAACACAUUACACAACCAUACAUACAAGUAUUUCUGUUGAAUACAGGGGGGAGGCAUUUGUCCUUCCCUGUCCACCUGGGUACGCCUACGUAUGUAAGUAAAGACCAAACAUAUUAUAACGGUGUACAAAAUAAAAUAUCAAAUCAAUCGUUCGAUUGAUAGUGCUGUGAUAUUAUUGAAAUGGGGCGUCAUCUUUACGUUUACUCGUCCGGUGGAUUAGCGCGCACUACGAACUAAUUUCUGCACGAUAUCUUUGAUUAUAUACAUUCGAGAUGGACUAGUACCGACAAAAAUGACGUAAGCUCUAUCUAUAAUGUAUGUAACCAUAGUGUCUCGAUUUUAUUAUCGCAGUGUGCUCUUCCUGAUAUUAGCAAAAGAGAAUUGUUUAUUCAAUUUAAAUCACGCUGUAAUUAUAAAAUGAUCUGAUUCUCUUUUUUCUUAAUUUACUGUGAUUUAGUUGAUAAUGCUUAUAGAGCAUGUUAGGGGUUUCUCUAAAUGACGAAUUGUCUAAUGAGCAAACAUUGCUCACUUAUGAGUUUAUACGUAUGUUCUACAGAUGCAAAAUAAUUCAUCUCGUAUGAAUUCUUUCUUGUGAACUACUUUGCCCGUUUAAAACAUUCAAACGGUGGUAUUCCCAUUAGUUGGGUUCUUAUCCAUUAUGUUAUGGAAGAUGAUUAUUUUAAUUAUUGUCUCACCCAAACACGAAAAAUAUCAAACGUAGAAACUACUCGCCUAGUCUUGAUUGAUGUCUGAUCAAAUGGUUCUAUAUUCUAGCAUCUGAUAAAGACUAAAAUUAUGCAAUAAAAUUUGCGGCACAAAAUAAGUUUUGCAUCAUUGUUAUUAACGUGUAUCAAAGGUAGCCAAAUUAAGUAAUGUAUUUCAAGAUACAAAUAUAUUAAAAUAAUAUCGGUAUAAAUACCUACUUAAUCUUUGCCAAUAUUUCCUGCAGUUGCUGCCGUAUUGACCUAAAUCGCAGAUAAUACACUUCAAAAUAAGUCAUUAUAUUCAUUACUUUUGAAACACACGAUACUGUGUUUGCAAAAAAAAUAUGAUCGAGUGUAUUUUUAAUCUUAGUAUUUUAAAUGAUAGAGGCCUUGUGCCCUAAUAAUGCCCUAAAAUUUACCGUUCAUUGCCUAGAUAGCAUACGGUAUCGCACACAUACACUUUCACGUGUGAAAUAGUGGAAAUAUGGAAUGCUAUGUAAACCGCUGAGAUCGCGGCACCGUAUGUUUUAGGAUAGUCUAAAAGAUAAUAUUGCAUCCACGAUUUCUGAACCCUGGUGACUGGGUGUUCACGAGUGGUGGGCAUGUUGAUUUGCCAUCAGGUGACACACAUCGUGUGCAGCUUUUCGAUAUUUAAAAAAAUAACGUUUGAUUGAAGACUGAUUAUAGUUUUUAUUGUUCUUGUUAUUAUUGUAGUACUAAUGAAUGUCGUUUUGCAAACACAUUCAUCAUAAAAACUUGUCAAUUGUAAUGGAUGGUCUUUGAGAUCAAUAAUAUAAAAGUUUAACUAAUGUCUCUUCUUCUGUCUGUCCUACUCUAAAGUGGGGUCGGCCCCCAAUAAAUAUAACAAAAAUAAAUCAAUACAUCUAGCAGUCUGAUUUAUAGUUCGCACUGAGAUACAAUUGUGCCUGAGUAGGAACUUUUUUCGAACUCACAACUCUCACCACACUGGCCUGCAACAAAUAUUAUUUCGGGAUGACACAAACAUUGACCUCCAUGCGGCGAUCGAACCCGUGUCCUCUUGUUGAAGCGUAACAAGAACAAGGUCAUCGUCCGCUAUGCCCCAGAGGCCAUGUUAGAAAACGAUGAAAACCCAAAAGCUAAAUGUCUUAGCCCAAAUUUAAACACUAAAUGAAGCUAGCUAUUGGGACAUUAGUACUAAAUAACAAUCACUGAUUUUCACUUUUCAUAGCUGCUAUUUAGCGCUAAAAGGUUCUAUAAGAUUUUUUUUAAUUUCAUUUUGUGAUGUAGUUUCUAUAUAAAUUAAGUAAUUAUAUGAUUGUGAUCGUUAAAUUUAUUUUUCGUGGAUACUAACGUAUGUGUAUGUAUUCAAUAUUUUUUCUAUGUUCUGUAAUGUAAUUUAUUUGUAUUGACAUUAACACAUUUUUGUGAUUUGUGGAAUGUAUGAAAGCUCACUGUCGAACGGCUUUCGAUGUUGCAUUAUGCUGUGAAGUUUCUCCGAUCCGAUAACUUGCGUGAAACACUAGAAUAAACAAUUCCAAAUAUUAA